UCGUACGGACGCUAAUGACCACCUUUUAAACCUUCCGCAAAUCCAUGCAGUAGUAAGACGCACACGAUGGAGAACCUAACGAGGCUUCUCGGGAAAGAAACCCAUAUCAAUCUAACGAAAAGCGAAGCGCUCAUGAAGGUACCACAAAACCCCGUGGAAGUCCAGGUUACCACAAUCCUCUUAGCGUUAAUUAUAUGCGGAGUGGGAAUUGCUGGAAAUAUAAUGGUGGUGCUGGUAGUACUUCGCACCAAGCACAUGAUGACCCCGACGAACUGCUACCUCGUAAGCCUGGCUAUAGCAGAUCUCAUAGUGCUUCUAGCUGCAGGUCUCCCCAACAUCUCCGAAGUUGUCGCCUCCUGGGUUUACGGUUACGCCGGAUGCCUCUGCAUCACAUACCUGCAAUACCUGGGCAUCAACGUGUCCUCUUGCUCUAUCACGGCUUUUACAGUUGAACGGUACAUCGCCAUUUGCCACUCAAUUAAAGCGCAAUUCAUCUGCACCGUAUCGCGGGCAAAGAAGAUCAUAGCGUGCGUCUGGAUCUUCACCUCGCUUUACUGCAUCAUGUGGUUCUUUUUGGUGGACACCAACGAGACCGUGUACGCCGAUGGGGUGGUGGUAAGGUGCGGUUACCGCGUCUCCAGAAACCUCUACAUGCCGAUCUACUUCUUGGACUUCACAUUGUUUUAUGUCAUACCUCUCAUCGUGGCCACCGUGCUGUACGGUCUCAUCGCCCGGAUUUUGUUCUCCAACCCGAUCCCGGCCACCCCAGCAGAACGAGUCGGGAACGAUUCGGUCCAUCAGGGACGAGCGAGCACGGUUAAAGUGUCAUGCAAAUCCAAUAAGGGAGCCAUCGCAUCCAGGAAACAGGUGACCAAAAUGCUGGCGGUCGUGGUGGUCCUGUUCGCCCUGCUGUGGAUGCCUUACCGCACGUUGGUGGUGGUCAACUCCCUUAUGGACCCUCCUUACCUCAACACCUGGUUCCUACUCUUCUCCCGCAUGAGCAUCUACAUGAACAGUGCCAUCAACCCCAUCAUCUACAACCUAAUGUCACAGAAGUUCCGCAGCGCCUUCCGGCGACUCUGCGAGUGCAAGCGGCAGCGAGCGGAAAAGGUGACCAAGUACAACGUGCCCGUCUACUACAGCGUCAUGAAGGACUCCUCCCACGAGAGCCCCGAGCACGACGUCACCGAGCACGAGGAUAUCGCCUCCUACGGCGUCGGCAGCCGGAAGGUCAACUUCACAGGCAAAUGCGAGGAUGCUAACGGCAUGUUUAGCAUGGCCUGACGCCAGUUUCCCUCGGCCGCUUGAGAUGGCGGAUUUUCCCCUAAGUGGGAUGCGGAUGGGUAUGCAUAAUGAACGGAUAACUUUUAAAGUGCAAAUAAGAAGCAGUGAGUGGCAGUACCUAGAAAUUAUGUUCGUAACAGUUCUUUUACUCUUAUUUGAAAAGCUUGAUUUUUUAAGUACAAUGAUGAAGAUUAAAUUAUAGCAGACAAGGCCUAAAUUCCAAAAAGAUAUAUAUUUAUGGGAAAAGAUUAAGAAAUAUACUAUAUGGCCAAAAGUAUUUGGAUACUCCUAUAAA